UUCAUCUCUCAUUUAAAACCCCCCCUACUCAUCUUUCCUUACUCUCCCAUUCUUCAAAUGCCCAUCAUUUUACCAUGUCGUACACCGCAAAGCAUGGAAUCAUUUCCCUUCUUUUCUUCCUCCUCCUCGCACCGCCUCCUUCAGCCGCUCAAACCACCAGCCAAAACGACGAGCGUUACCCUUACGCGCGUUUCAGCCCUUCCAUGGCCGUCAUCGUUGUCGUUUUAAUUGCUGCUUUGUUCUUUGUGGGUCUUUUCUCGAUUUACAUCCGGAACUGCUCUGACGCCAACGCCAACAGAAGCAUCCGCCCUGUCAACGGUGCAGGCGGUCGUUCGCGUCGUGGUAUGCGUGGACUUGAUGCGUCGGUGAUCGAGACUUUUCCCACCAUGGUUUACUCCGAAGUUAAGGUUCACAAGAUAGGUAAAGGAGUUUUGGAAUGCGCGGUUUGUUUGAAUGAAUUCGAAGACGACGAAACGCUGCGUUUAAUACCCAAAUGCGACCACGUUUUUCACCCUGAAUGUAUCGACGCUUGGUUGGCUUCUCAUACUACUUGCCCUGUUUGUAGAGCUAAUCUCGCUCCUCAACCAGGUGACCUUCCAGCGGGUCAACCCACUGAGUUGAACGACACCGCCACCGAGUUAGACCUCGAGGCUCAAAACGACGGCGGUGACUCGGAAACGGAACAAGAAAGGAGAAGAACUACUAACAACGUCAGCUGUGACGUGGAGGAUCAAGUUGCUCCAGAGGUUGAAGUAAUUGACGUGAACCAAACUCUAAAUAGGAACCGUACACGUGGAUCAAGAUCAAGCCGUGCACGUAAACUCUUCUUUCCACGGUCUCACUCGACCGGACACUCUUUGGUCCAGCCGGGUGAGAACACAGACCGGUUCACCUUGCGAUUACCAGUUGAUGUUCGAAAGCAGUUAAUAAACCGGAAGUUGAACCGGGCAACAAGUUUGGUGUUGCCUAGGGAAAGCAGUUCGCGGCAAGGAUUUCGAGCCGGAGAAGACGGUGGAAGUAGUAGAGGAAAGUCUUUCUGGCGGCUCGAGAAGUUGGACCGGGGAGUUAAGUCGGACCGGUGGGUGUUUAGUAUAACACCACCAUUUUUUAGUAGAGCAUCCUCCAUGAAGUCACCCAAGGUGGCGGCCAAUGAUGGCGAAGGCACCUCAAGUUUGCCGAUUGGACCGGGUGACUCAAGCCGUCCUCCUGUUUAAUUACAUUUAUUUUUUCUUCCUACAAUUUUAAAAGUUUAUUAAUACCAUAAAUUAAAUUUCGACUUAAAAGUCAACAGCUUUGUGUAGAUAUGUACAUUAUCUAUGCAUUUUUGUCCUUUUAAGUAAAUUUUUUGGUUUAUUGAUUUCAAUUUGAUUUUCAAGAGCAAUGUGUGUAAGAUCACAAUCAUAUUAGACCAAGUCGAUUGGAAAUUGAUCUUUCCAGAGUUGUAUACAUAAGGGUGAAAAUUUUUUUUAUUAGAGAUUGUUCGAUAUUAAAUUUUAAUUAUUGAAAUUAAUUAUAUUUGUGGACAAAAUUUAAUUAGUUUUCAUAAUUUUGUAUUUUAAUUUAAGCAAAGUCUUGAACAGGUCAGUUAGCAAAUUUUACUGUAAUUAGAAAGGAAAGAAAAUAAAGCAAGGUGUUUUGAGUUAAAUAUUUUCUGCAUGGGUUUUUCUUUGGUGUUGUAGAGUUUGAAUGAUCAAAGGAAAGGAAUCUUGUACAUCCGAUUUUGACUGCCACCUACAAUGUAUGUUUUGAAAUUUCUUUCAUGAUUUCCUGGAAGCUGCAUCGUGAGCGAGCAAAAGUCAAAUUUGAAUUUGAGGGAGACUCUGACAUAGACUUCUAGCAAAAAUUCCAAUGGAACUGCACUUGAUGGGACAAGGAUUGGAUAAGACCUAACAAAGCUGUGGAAGAAAUGAAAAAUAGUGAAGAAAAAUUGUUGCCGGCAAUUUUUGAAUUUUUGAGUUCU